CCCCGCCCCCAGUGACACAAUAGCAGCUCCCUCCAAGAUGGCGGCGGCGACGGCAGACCCGGGAGCGGGGAAUCCGCAGGCUGGGGACUCCUCCGGUGGGGACGCCGGGGGUGGGCUACCUUCACCGGGGGAACAGGAACUGAGUCGGCGCUUGCAGCGCUUGUACCCUGCGGUUAAUCAGCACGAGACGCCGCUGCCGCGCUCCUGGAGCCCCAAGGACAAGUACAACUACAUCGGCCUCUCCCAGGGAAACCUCCGCGUCCACUACAAAGGUCAUGGUAAAAAUCACAAAGAUGCAGCCUCUGUGCGCGCCACCCACCCCAUUCCCGCCGCCUGUGGUAUUUACUAUUUUGAAGUGAAGAUUGUCAGCAAAGGAAGAGAUGGGUACAUGGGAAUUGGACUCUCAGCUCAAGGCGUCAACAUGAAUAGACUGCCUGGUUGGGACAAACAUUCCUAUGGUUACCAUGGCGAUGAUGGGCAUUCCUUCUGUUCCUCCGGGACUGGCCAGCCUUACGGUCCCACAUUCACCACAGGGGAUGUGAUCGGCUGUUGUGUCAACCUCAUCAAUGGCACCUGCUUCUACACCAAGAAUGGCCACAGCCUUGGUAUAGCCUUCACAGAUCUCCCAGCCAACCUCUACCCCACCGUAGGCCUGCAGACACCCGGAGAGAUUGUGGAUGCCAACUUUGGGCAGCAGCCCUUCCUGUUCGACAUUGAGGACUAUAUGCGGGAGUGGCGUGCCAAAGUCCAGGGCACUGUCCACGGCUUUCCCAUCAGUGCCCGGCUUGGCGAGUGGCAGGCAGUGCUGCAGAACAUGGUCUCGUCUUACCUGGUGCAUCAUGGGUAUUGUGCCACAGCCACAGCUUUUGCCCGAAUGACUGAAACCCCGAUUCAGGAAGAACAGGCAUCCAUAAAGAACAGACAAAAAAUCCAGAAGCUGGUGCUGGAAGGCCGGGUGGGUGAAGCCAUUGAAACAACCCAGCGUUUUUAUCCUGGGCUGCUGGAGCACAACCCCAACCUGCUCUUCAUGCUUAAGUGUCGGCAGUUUGUGGAGAUGGUGAAUGGCACCGACAGUGAGGUCCGAAGCCUCAGCUCCCGAAGCCCCAAGUCCCAGGACAGCUACCCUGGCUCCCCCAGCCUCAGCCCCCGACAUGGCCCCAGUAGUUCCCAUAUACACAACACAGGAGCAGACAGUCCCAGUUGCAGCAAUGGCGUUGCAUCCACCAAGAACAAACAAAACCACAGUAAAUACCCCGCACCCAGCUCCUCUUCCUCGUCCUCGUCCUCCUCGUCCUCCUCUUCCCCGUCCUCCAUCAAUUACUCCGAGUCCAACUCAACAGACUCCACCAAGUCCCAGCCCCACAGCAGUACCAGUAACCAGGAGACCAGUGACAGUGAAAUGGAGAUGGAGGCAGAACAUUAUCCCAAUGGUGUAUUGGAAAGCAUAUCCACACGUAUCGUCAAUGGUGCCUACAAGCAUGAAGACCUACAGACAGAUGAGUCCAGCAUGGACGAUGGGCAUCCACGGCGGCAGCUCUGCGGGGGCAACCAGGCUGCCACAGAAAGGAUCAUCCUGUUUGGCCGAGAGUUGCAGGCAUUGAGUGAGCAGCUGGGCCGAGAGUAUGGCAAGAAUUUGUCUCACACGGAGAUGCUGCAGGAUGCCUUUAGCUUACUAGCAUACUCAGACCCCUGGAGCUGCCCAGUUGGUCAUCAGCUUGAUCCCAUCCAGAGGGAGCCUGUCUGUGCUGCUCUCAACAGCGCCAUUUUAGAGUCUCAGAACCUGCCAAAGCAGCCUCCUCUGAUGCUCGCCCUGGGCCAGGCAUCUGAGUGUCUACGGCUCAUGGCCCGAGCAGGCCUGGGAUCUUGCUCCUUUGCCAGAGUUGAUGACUACUUGCACUAGCUGACCUUCUUGGCUGGCUCUGUCCAGCCCUUCUUCAGCCUUAGGGCUGGAACAACCCUGCCCUCCAUAGGCACCUGGUACAGAGACCUGGAAGCCAUGGGCAGAGUCCACUCCUCCUACCUGGCCGGCCGGUCCAUCCUCCCUUUCUCCCUUCUUUCCUUGCCCUCUUGUCCUUCUUCCUCUCCCUUCCACGUGCAGCGGCCUGUGACACAGUAUUGGCUGGUUACUCAUGUAGCGGCUUCUCCUUUAAAGGAGAUUUUGUUUUGAGGAGAAGUUGGGUUUUUUUGUUUUUUGGUUUUUUUUUUUUUUUAAUUUUUAUUUCCUCCUGACUGAGCCACCAGUGUUUAUCUCGGGAGAGUUUGUGCUGAGCUGGUUUCUGCUAAUUUAGUAAUGAAGCCUAUCCAGGUUGAUGAUAGCUUAUUAUUUUCAUAAGUAAAAAAGACAAACAAACAAAUGAGAUUAUAUAUAUAUAUAUAAAUAUAUAUAUUAAAAAAAAAAAAGACACAGUAUUUAUCGUAGCACUAGUGGCCCAGCACCUCUUGGGUAAGGCUGUCCAGACACCAUGUGUUUUUAUUUGAGUCCAACUCAUUAAAAAAAAAAAAUCAUCUCUUGUCACUUCAGUCAAGUGAUUUGUUUAUUUUAGGCUCCCCUUUUGUUGAGCCACAGGUUCAGCUGCUGCCCAGGAAAUCAAAGUGGGUUUUGGGGAGGCUGCUUGGUGGGCAAGGUCAGGCUAAGCUGCUUUGCAGCAUCCCAAGAGGUAUGGGUCUGUAGGCCCCUUUUAAGUAGACAAAACAACUGCAGGUUCAGGGAUUCAGGGAAGUGAGGUGGCCCCGGGGCACUCAGCAAAGCAAGGGAACACAGGGUCUGUAGCCAGCACGCUGUCUACCACUCUACCCUGCCUCUCACUGCCUGCCUUGCCCUUCUCUCCCAUCUCAAUGCCCUGCCUUCCCUUGUUAAGAUGGCCAAAUCAUUCAUUACUCUCAGUUGAUUGCCUGGAAACUACCUGCCUUCAACCCAAGAGCUGCUCUAUACCAGGCUGCCAAGAGGAAGACUCCAUUCCCAGGACAGAGGCCCUUAAGGACAGGGCUGCUUUCUUCCUGCCUGGGUCUUCACCAUCACUGCCCAACUCUGAUGGGAUUGAUGCUUUCUGUGAAGUUGGUACCUCAAGGCUGAUUCUUGGUUCACUGGUCCCAAAGUGGAUGGAACCCUUGACUUCCUGGUCCUGAUUUCCCUACAGCUUGGGCCCAGCGACUCUUAGGAAAAGAAGACUCCAUGGGCCUUACAAAUGUCCCACCAGCUGUUUCACAUGGACCCUCACAGCUGGUGGAACAACAGCAACAAAAAACCCACUACCACAGGGCUGAGAUGCUGCCAGGACGAGGGUGGGCCAUCUGUGGAGGGGACUGAAUGCCAAGGAAGAGGAGGGGCUAUGCAGAGGAGACCUAGAAGGGCCGGGAUCUUACCUACUUCACAGGGUGAGUGAAAAGCCCAGGCAGCUGCUGCAAAGAUUAGGGUCAACUGUGGCAAAGCCAUACAGGGCCUCCAGUCUCUGUCUGUAUGUGGGCUAGGUGAGCUUGUGUUUUGUUGGUGGGCACAGAAAUCAGUGGGAGAGCUCACCAGGCCUCACAAGGCCCACAGCUAGACAAAACCAAGUUAGACCAUCUGCCAGUGAGGGGCUAGGACCCUGACUGAGAUCUUCCAAAAUUUUGCUUUAGGGGCUAAUCCUACAGGCUACUACAUUUUCCUGUCAGGGCCCUAGUUAGCAGCUCAUCACGAAGUCUUGUUUUGUGUAAAGGAAAUUUAUCCUGUCCAAGGCUGUAACACCCAAGCUCCAAACUCAAAUUGGAAAUAUCAGGCUGUUAGAGUGGUCGGCCUCACAUUUGGAAAUGAAAACCAGAGGCAUUUGCAGAGCAGUGGAAUUUAGAAAACAUCUCUACUAGUUCUCUCCUUUUACAAUUAAAGAAACAGGCCCAGGAGAUUAAGUGACUUGGCCAAAGCCGCACAGCAAAUAGUGGCAGAGCCAGGAGUAACUAACUAUUCCUGUGAGUUAGAUAGCCCUGUCUAAACCUAAAGCGAAAUGAGCUUUGUGAGGGGCUAGGUUGGCAUGAGUUCAGCAGUGCCUGAGCAGCUGGUACCUUUAGGAGUGUGACAAGGGGGGAUGGGUGCUGAGACUUGGGUUGUAGAGUGGCUGAGAGGGCCUUGGAGGGCUCGGGACUGCUGUGUGCUGCGUGGGGUUGCGUGUCUGCCUGGCUCACACUCAGUACCCAUGGCCACCUCCCCACUUUCUGUGCCUUAUCUCACUGUUUCAGCUGAGUCCAAGUUGUUUACUCUGUUCCUCUCCAGAGGGGCUCUCUGUCCUAGCUGGACAGCUCACUUUGGGGACAUACGCCUUUGUCCCACAAGCUAUGGGGAGGGCCAAAAUCAAGUUGCUGGAGCCAGUCGCUAGUCCAGUCCUACUGCCAGAGGAGCCCCGUAUGCACCCCUGGUCUUAGUAGCCCGUUUCCAGGAACCUGGAGUGGGAACGAGUUCCUGGAAGCAACUUAGUAAAAGGGCUGGACCUGAUCCUUGUGUGCAGGAGGAGGACCUGGCUGGGUUGGGUUGUCCAGCCCUGAGGGAGCAGCAUUCCCUACUCACCUUCCCUUUGUGGCACCAGAUGGUGGCUCCUUGCAGAGCAAGGGCCAAGUUGCCAGACCACUCAGUCACACGCCCCUGACACCUUUUCCAUGGGCCCGUGGCUGGAUGCAGGCUGGUAGAACAAGGACAUCACAGGCUGGAAAAGUGAGGAUGGCCUGGUUCCCCAGCACCUUCCCAGCCCGUAAGCACAAAGAUGAGGCAGAGCUGUUGGGGCUGAACGUUCCUUUGGUUGCUCACAACUCAGGUAUGCAUGUCAUUUGGCAGCUGGACAGCAGAGCCCUACUUCACCACCAAUCGCAGGCAUUUGGACCUGUGGCCACAUGGUGGCUUCUGGCUGUCCCAGCGCCCACCUCUUCACAUAGGUUCCCUUCAUUAUCAACUCCAGCUGAAACAGGCAUCUUCUACAUUGUGCACACUGGUUCUGCCUUUGUCCUUGCAAGUUGAUUCUCGGCAUUAGCAUGAAACUUGUGGUGUGAGAGGGUUGACAGAAUUCUAACACAAACAUCCUAUUAAAUUGUACUUGAGAUGAAAAAAAUUCCUGUUGUAUUUUGACAGAAUUAUUUUUAUUAAAAUACACAUCCAUGAGCAA